UUUAACUGGGAAGACUACAACUAUACCAGUGGAAGCGGAAAUGGAUCCAUAUCCGUGAAAAUCCCUAAAGAUGGAGGCAAUGGUGGAAAUAACAAUGGUGGAAAUAAUGGGCAGCCUGGCGAUGAGGAUGAUGAUUAUCAUCCGAACAUACGCCGUCCGUAAAAUAACAUGCCAAAAGGAAUAAAU